AUGGCAGCUUCACCUACGACGACGCCUUCGGGGCCUUCGAGGGUGCCAACUCCCCAAACGCCGUACACAAGGACAUGUACCCCCGAUCACUCUCAAACUAGAAACAACUAUGCACCAAACGCCUCUAUCGCACUAGUUGGUAUGCGAGGCAGUGGCAUGUCAACCCUAGCGGUCAUGGCUUCAAGCGCCUUAGGCUUCCGCAUUCUGGAUGCAGAUCAGUAUUUUUACAGAGCCACGGGUCUUUCCAGAGCAGUUUACAAGGCCACCAAUGGUAUCGCACAAUAUCGACAAGAAGAGUUGAGACUAAUGAGAUCUAUGCUCUUCGACAACCCGACCGGUGCAGUUAUUGUGUGCGGUCCUGGUGUUGUCGAAGGUACUGGAAAGGAAUGGCUUGCAGAGUAUGCCAAGGACCAUCUCAUUAUUUACAUCUUGCGUGAUGCAGAAGAGAUACAACGGCAUCUGAGAGUAUUUGACGUGGAAACUAUUCGGGAUCUCACACGUCGUGCAGCCCCAGCUUACAGGAAACUGUCAAGUUUUGAGUUCUACAACAUCUCAGAUAUGUCGCUUUGCAAACUUGAUACUGCAACCUCAAGUGGAGAUAUAUCCCCCAGGGCUCUUGCACUGAAGAAGGUUGAAGAAGACUUUCUGCAGUUGAUAUACAACAUCACACGGCGAGACGACUGCUAUAGCAAGUAUGAAGCGAAGAACAGUCUCUCAUCUAUACCACUCGAGACCAGAAAGUUCACCUAUUCCUUGUCUCUGCCGCUAUCGACACUAAGCACGCUUGUUACCGAGUUUCGCGGACUGGACACUGAAGCAGAUGCCCUUGAACUUACAAUACCUACUUCAAGCCUUUGCAAUGAGGUUGGCGCCGACGAAACAGCGACAGAUCAAAUCAGCAGACAGUUUUCCGUCGUUAGGAGGAAUGUCCGGCUUCCAAUCAUAUAUCACAUCGACAUAUACGGGAGCGAACAGAGCAUCUCUGAAGACGAGUAUUUUGAGCUUCUGCGUCAUGGGCUUCGCCUUGCUCCAGAGUACCUCUGCGUCGAUCUCAAAUGCGAUAUAGCCAAGAUCCAGAAUCUCAUUGCUUCCAAAGGCCAAACAAAGAUCUUCGCACACUAUGUCGUUUCUGAUCCAGCAGAAUGUGGUUGGAACUUGCCAAAGCAAUGGGCCAUGAUCGAACGAGCUCAAAGUCUCGGAUGUGACAUCAUCCGCAUCUGUCAAGAGGCAAGGUCCGUGGAAGACAACUUCGCCGCCCAGCACUUUAUCCAUCGAGUCAAAUCGUCGCCAGAUCACACCAUCCCAUUAAUAGCAUACAACACUGGCCGUCUUGGACGCAUGUCAUGCUAUCUCAACCCCAUCCUCAGCCCAGUCACACAUCCACUGGUCCGAAGAUUGGCCCCGGACUGCCCAUCGAAUGCUCUGCUUACAGUGCAAGAAGCACAGAAAGCAGUCUUUUCCUCCUUCCUACUCGACGGUCAGUAUUUCGGCAUCUACGGGAAUUGCACGUUGAAGAGUUUAUCACCAGCGAUGCAUAAUGCGGCUUUUAAGCUUCUGGGCAUGCCGCAUCAAUACAACAUCUUUCUUCACGAGUCAAUGGACCAGCUUUUUGAACUUGUUAAAGACAACACCUUCGGAGGUGCGAGUAUAACUUCACCUUUCAAGACGGCUAUAAUACCCAAGCUGGACUUCUUGAGUGAAGAGGCAAGGGCCAUUGGAGCUGUCAACACCCUUUUAUGUCUGAAGGAGUCUACCAUGGACUCUUUACUUGACAGAAAUACAGCUGGGCCAACGGUAGCUCUUUUUGGCGAGAAUACUGAUUGGAUCGGCAUUCAUACUUGCGUUCAACGAAAUCUAUCUCCUAUCAACGCUGUCAGAAGACGGACGACAGGGCUUAUUAUUGGCGCUGGAGGCAUGGCGCGCGCUGCUGCGUAUGCCCUUAUUCGCCUCGGCGUGAAGAAUAUUCUGAUUCAUAACCGAACUCGCACGAGGGCAGAAGAGCUCAUCAAGCAAUUUGAUAGGCAGUAUAAACACGAAAGUGAGAAGCCUUCUAUGGAUGGAGUUGACACACAGAGCGGAAGCCUUGAUCAACCUUCGUUUAGAGUCAUCGGUUCAAAAGAGGACGCAUGGCCUGAGGAUCUAAGCCUACCAACAAUUGUCAUUUCAUGCGUGGCAACGCGAGAGAUUGACGGGCAGUGCUCAGCAGACACAAGUCUGCCGGAUCAUUGGCUUUCAAGUCCAACUGGCGGCGUCGCAAUUGAGCUUUCUUACACACCGCUAGAGACUCCCCUCCUGAAGCAAAUAAAGUCGCUAUCAGAGAAGGGAUGGAUACCCGUUGAUGGUCUGCAGGUCCUACCGGAGCAGGGAAUGAUGCAGUUUGAGUUGUUUACUACCAGGCGAGCACCAUCUAAUCUCAUGCGAGAAGAAGUGUUUAGAGCAUAUAAGGAGCGCAUGGAAAGAGCAGCGGAUACAUAG